GGAUCACAAUGGCCUACUUUUUUUUUAAACCAUCGACCACAGCUUCUUAAACAAGAGCACGCUUGAUUACUAUUCAUGAAGACAUAACACAGUCUGAACCUGGACAGAUUGAGUUGAGCUUUGCCCUAUGGUUUACUAUACAACUUUAGACCGAAGGGCAACUUUUACAUUGAAACCUCCAGUUUGGUUUGAUAUUCGUUUAAAAUCUGGCUCAGUCAUUCAGUGAGAUUUUCUUUGUUCAACCUCCAGUUCAAGUAGAAAGGCCCUUGAGAAAAAAGUCAGCUAAGCGUUUGAAAUACUGCCCUCAACAGAAACUUCAAAGUACUGCUUUUAGAUUAGAGUUCAUUUAAACUUAGACUGAGCUGGAAUGUCAAUCUGUUAUAGAAGAUCCUGCAAAAGAGAUCCUUUAGAAGAUGCUCAAAAACGGAAUCUGGAGCAGUUCUGUGCUACUGCAUCUACUUUACGAGACGAUUCGAGAUAUUCUAAUGGUAAUGUUGCUAGCCAAAGCUGUACUUUACCUAAAGGAGGAAAAUCAGUAUGUAGACCUUGUGGUCAGCCUACAACGCCAGAAUCCUACAGCUGUAGACCCUGCGGUCAGCCUAAAGCGCAAGAAUCGUACAGUUGUAAACCCUGUGGUCAGCCAAAAGCUACAGAGUCCUACAGCUGUCGUCCAUGUAGUCAGCCUAAAGCACAAGAAUCGUACAGCUGUAAGCCCACAAGUGAACCCAAAAUGCAGGAAUCAUACGGCUGUAGACCAUGUGGACAGUCAAAAAGGCAAGAAAACUACAUCUGCAGACCUUGUGGUCAAACUAAUAUUACUUCUUCGGAGAAUUCCGCUUGUCUUAAAAGCAAUCAAGGAAAAGAAAACGCAUUUGCUUGCACCAAAAGCUCGGCGACAUCUUCCUGCAGCACUGGCAGAUGUUGUGAUAGAUCAAUCUCAUCCAGCAUGUCUAAUGUUUGCGUUGUAGCUCCUGAAAGAGCCACAGCUUGCGGCCACCAAAAAGCCCAAAGUAGCAUUCGUAAUUCAACCUGGGCCAGACUUACCACACCUUCCCCAUGUUCCAGGAAUAUACCACACCAGGAAAAGUCUCAAAAUCAAAACUCGGUGGCGAUUGGCACUUAUGUUCACAUUACGGCCAUUCAAGAUAAAUUCCGACCAGCAGGCCAGACAACAGUGCAGCGCAUAGCGGCAGUCGUCAUGUAUGUCACCAGUGAUAGUAUGUACCAAGUGGGCACAAGGAAAGGUGUCAUUGGACGUUUGUUUUCCAGGGAUGAACUGGACGUCCGCGACUAUCACAAGUUUACCAUCAAAGACGUCCCUGACGUUAGAAUCAAUAUGCAUGAAGCAAGUACCAUGGCGUUUUGACCAGCUCCCUCUUCGGCUCAAUCUUGUUCCACAUAGUUCCAGACAUUUGACUUUUUCUUUUCAAUAAUGUAAUUUUUUUUUUCAAUUUAUUUUUUUUUCUUUUGCAUGUUACAUUACACAAGGUGUUAAUUUAUAUUUCCCUAGUUGUUUCGUUUUGAAAUUUUUAAAAAUUGUUAAUGAAAUAAAUUUGCACAAAUUUCCAGGAAUUCU